AUGUGCCUUUUAUGCAACAAAGUUUUGGGCAAUGACGCUAUGAAACCAUCUAAACUGCAAGAUCAUCUGAGAAGAUGCCAGCCUGAUAAAACAGAGAAAGAUUUGAAAUACUUUCAAAUACUCAAAGAUAAAUUUCAGAAGAGACCUACGCUGGACAGAAUGUUCGCUUCGGCGUCACAAAGAAAUGAUGAUGGUUUGCGGGCGUCUUACAAUAUCUCGUUACUUAUAGCAAAAUCUGGAAAACCGCAUACUAUCGGAGAGAAGUUAAUUUUGCCAGCCGUUGAAGAGGUUUUAAAAAUCGUUUUACACAAACCUGCAUCUGAUAUCAUUAAAAGAAUUUCCUUAAGCAACAAUACUGUUGAAAGACGUAUUGAUGAAAUGAGUUCUGAUAUUGAAAGCUUCUUAUUUGAUAACCGACACUAA